AUGUCUAGUGAAGAUAAAUUUGAGAUUGUUGAUGGUAAAUCAACAUUACCUGUUAGCUUGAACAACCAUACCUGUGUUUGUGGGGCAUGGCAACUAAGUGGUUUACCUUGCAAACAUGCCAUGAGGGCAAUACAUACCAUGAGAGAGGACCCACACAAAUAUGUUAGCAAUUGGUACUCUGUACAGCUUUACAAAAAAGCUUAUUCAGGAAAUAUAAAGUCAAUACCAGAUCAAGAACAAUGGACAGACUCUACUCAUCCCCUUAUUCAGCCACCUACUUUAAAGAGGGGCAUUGGAAGGCCAUCAAGAAACAGAAGGUUGGAGGAAGAUGAGAAGAGGAAAGGGCAGAGAUCAAAGACCAUAAGGUGCAGCAAAUGCAACACAUUUGGGCAUAAUGCUAGGACAUGUAAGGGAGGACCCACUGGUAAAGAGAAAGCUGCAGUAGGAGGCAAGAAGAAACCAAAUAAUGAGAAGGCAACUAGGCAAUCAUCUUCAUAG